AAGAGGGCCCUCAGGAACACUGAUCACCUUGGUCCACGGAGGGAAGAAUUUGGCCGUGCUAUUUCAGUGUCGUUUCUCUCUGGUGACUUCAUGUAAGAACUUUUCUCUGGAAACAGGAAGUCAAUUGCCUGCCAAGUUCAGCACUGGGAGUAACAGACCAUGUUCCAACAAACCCCAGUCCUAGCUAUAACCCCAGAGCUUAGGCCAAUUUAUUGCUUCCAAGUCCUGACCUCCCUCCCCCUUCAUCCAUGUGGCAAAUUUAUCCCCACCUAAUCUCUUCCCCUGACCCAUAAAAGCUGUUUUUCCAUUGCUCAAACAAGGGAUUCCAUCCAUCCACAAAACUCUCUAAGUCUCCCUCCCCCAACUCUGGGACUGCCCCCACCUUCUCCGUUCAGUUCUCCCUGGGUAUUGCUGUUAGCUGUGAAGUGUCAGCAGCCAUGCUUUCUUUGCCUGGGAGACUGGAACACAUUCUUUCUCCUCUUGGGCUUGUGAAGGGGGUGGAGGGUAGAUCUUAAGAUUAGGAGAAGGUCCAACUUUGGGGGCACCUGAGAAAUAGGACAAUAUCUCCUUUCCUCCUCCCUCUUUUUUUCAAGUUCCCUUUUACUUUUCCUUUACGUAACUUUCUUCCUCCUUUCUCUCUCUCCUCCCAACCCCCUUCACUCAGUCACUCUUGGUUGUGAUACACAGCUGCUGGAAGGGUCCUCAGGCUAGUCAUGUCUCCUUUGCUAUCUCCCAGGUCCCUCCCUGGGCAAAUAGGGGGUCCAAGGCAGGACCCAGCACUUUCGUUUUCUCUUUGGUUGAGUUGGGGGACAGCCCUAGGGGUGGCAGCUUGUGUGGUGGCACUUCUAACUCAGCAAGCAGAGCUCCAGGCCCUGAGGGGAGAGGUGGCCCAGCUGAAAGGGAAUGGAGGGUCUCACCAGAAGGGACAUAGGCAACCCUUGCUGAUCCCCCAGAAACAGGACACUGAUGAACUGGAAGCUUUGAAGCAUGAGGAAAUAUCUCGAAGGAAAAGAGCAGUUAUCAUCCAAGAACAUCGGCACAAGAGGAAACGUUCAGUUCUGCACCUUAUUCCCAUUAACAGUACCUCCAGAGAGGAUUCUGAUGUGACAGAGAUAAUGUGGGAGCCCGCACUGAGGCAUGGUGGAGGUCUGGAACCACAAGGACAUGUUGUUGGAGUCCGGGAGACUGGAAUGUAUCUCCUGUACAGCCAGGUGCUGUUUCAUGAUGUAACUUUCACCAUGGGUCAGGUGGUUUAUCGAGAGGGCCAAGGAAGGGAGAUCCUAUCCCGCUGUGUCUGUAGCAUGCCCUCUGAACUCCACCAGGCCUAUAACAGCUGCUAUACUGCAGGUGUAUUCCAGCUAUACCAAGGGGACAUUUUGAAUCUCAUAGUUCCUCGGGCAGGAGCCAAACUUGAUCUUACUCCCCAUGGUACUUUCUUGGGUUUGGUGAAACUUUGAGCAUAGAGAAAAGGGGUGGACAUAUACAUGCUAGAGACAGCCAAAGGGUAGACUGGGCAGAAGCUGGUACUUUAGAACACAGACUAUUUCCUGGUUUUGACAUAAUUCUCUUUUCCCUUUUCCUUCUAUUCUUCAUUCUUUUCUCCCCACUCCAACAGACAAACUUAGGGUUGAAGGAUAAAAGACCUGAUUUUUCUCCUUAUCACCAUCUGAACCCCAAUUCUUUAGGGCAACUUACUUUCCAACCUAUCAUAUACUACUGGAAUUCUUCCAUAAUAGCAGUACCAUCUAGUGGCAAGUUAGAGACAUUGCUUCUCAGCUCAUUUUAACUCCACAAUGCUAAAAUAUUAAAUAUAUUCCCAGUAUCCCAUAUUUCAAAAUUCCUUACUUCAGUCUAUUUUUAUACAUUCUAUAAUGCCUCAUUUUUCUACUCCAUAUUUCAUCAUCUUUAUUGUAAAUGCAUUUAUUAAGCAGUCACACCCUUUGUAUAUGUUUUUUCAGUUGUAAAAUGAAAGAACUGAAUCAGAUGUCUAAAUCCUAAGACCUAUUUGCAUAAUACACUUGGAUAAUGUCAGAGAAUUAUAGAUUUUAAAGCUGUAAAAUUUUACAAAUGAAGAAACUUAAAUCCAAACACAAGGUAACCCACUCAAGGUUACACAGAACUAAGUAGUAUUCCCCUUUUAUCUUUCAAUAUUGCAAUCCUAGCUUUAGGUAAUUUUUACUUUUUUUUUAACCCUUACCUUCCAUCUUAGAAUCAAUACUGUGUAUUGGU